CCCGGAGGACCCUCCAGCCUAGCCCUUGGAAGCCCCGCCCGGGGAGAUGGCCGGGGCCUAAGCUGCCCCAGCGCGGUUCCGCCCAUCCCGCCCAUGGGCUCCCCGAGGCCCGCCCAGCCAAGAGAGUCGCCGCGGCCGCGAUGGCGGCGGACGUCGAGGGGGACGUGUAUGUGCUGGUGGAGCACCCCUUCGAGUACACCGGCAAGGACGGACGCCGGGUGGCCAUCCAGCCCAACGAGCGCUACCGCCUGCUGCGCCGCAGCACCGAGCACUGGUGGCACGUGCGGCGCGAGCCCGACGGCCGCCCCUUCUACCUGCCGGCGCAGUACGUGCGCGAGCUGCCCGCGCUGGGGGACCCGGCCCCCGGGCCGCCGCCGCCCGCGCCCCUCCCGCGCCCCGCGGCCCCCGAGCCGCUGGCCUACGACUACCGCUUCGUGAGCGCGCCCGCCGAGCCCCGGGGCCGCCAGGGCUCCCUGGGCGUCCCUGCGCGGCGCGGCGCCGCCACCCAGCGCCGCAGCCUGGCGCCCGGCCUGCCCGCCUGCCUGUACACGCGGCCCGCGGCGCGCGUGCGGCCCGCGCAGUCCCUGGACGACCUGGCGCGCCCCGCCGCGCCCCCCGCCGGCCUCCUGGGCAGCGCCGGCGGCUUCAAGGCCUGCAGCGUGGCGGGCUCCUGGGUGUGCCCGCGGCCCCUGGCGCGCAGCGACUCGGACAAUGUCUACGAGGCCAUCCAGGACGUGCGCGAGCCGCGGGAGGAGCGCCCCGAGCAGCCGGAGCCCGAGCCGGAGCCGGUCUACGCCAACCUCGAGCGGCAGCCGCGGGCCGCCUCCCCCGACGCCUCCGCUGCCCCGCGCGCCGGCCCCGCGUGGGAGACGCACACGGACGCGGACAGCGGGCGCCCCUACUACUACAACCCCGACACGGGCGUGACCACCUGGGAGUCGCCCUUCGAGGCCGAGGCCGCCGAGGGAGCCGCCAGCCCGGCCACCUCCCCGGCCUCGGUGGGCAGCCGCGAGAGCCUCGACGCCGAGUGGGGCCAGUACUGGGAUGAGGAGAGCCACCGGGUGUUCUUCUACAACGCGCUGACGGGCGAGACGGCCUGGGAGGACGAGCGGGAGGACGAGGCGAGGACGGCCCGGGACGAGCUGGACAUGCAGCCCGGCGAGGGGCUCCGCAGCCCCCGGGACGAGCGGCCCCCCACUCCUGAGACGGACUACCCCGAGUUGCCCGCGUCCUACCCCGAGGAGGACUAUUCUCCCGAGGGCUCCCUAAGCGAGCCCGACCCCAGUGCGCCCUUCGCCACGCCCCCUGGCUGGGCCUGUCACGUCGACGCUGAGGGACAGACGAUCUACACCAAUCACUACACCCAAGAGCAGUGGGUGAGGCUGGAGGACCACGGGAAGCCUUACUUCUACAACCCCAGUGAUGCCUCCGUGCAGUGGGAGCUGCCCCAGGUCCCUGUCCCUGCCCCUCGAAGCAUCCGAAAACCUAGCCAGGAAAGUGAGAUGCCAGCACAGGCCAGCCCACCAGAGGAGAAGAUCAAGACGCUGGACAAGGCAGGUGUGCUCCAUCGCACGAAGACAGUGGACAAGGGGAAGAGACUCCGGAAGAAAAACUGGAGCGCCUCCUGGACAGUGCUGGAGGGUGGCGUCCUGACAUUCUUCAAGGACUCCAAGAGCUCAGUGGCAGCUGGUCUGAGGCAGCCUUCCAAGCUCUCUACUCCUGAGUACACAGUGGAACUGAGGGGGGCCUCGCUCACCUGGGCCCCCAAAGACAAAUCCAGCAAGAAGAAUGUACUGGAGCUGCGAAGUCGAGAUGGCUCAGAGUACCUGAUUCAGCACGACUCGGAGGCCAUCAUCAGCAACUGGCACAAGGCUAUCAGCCAGGGCAUCAAGGAGCUGUCUGCAGACAUGCCCCCAGAGGAGGAAAGCGAGAACACAGGUGUGGACUUGGGGCCCAGGGAGCGCCUGGAAAGCUGGCAGGAUAAGGAAGAUGACCUGCGGUCUAGUGCAGCUGCGCUGGCCCUGGGCCCUGGGGGCCUGGAGAGCGACUUGAGCAAGGUCCGGCACAAGCUCCGCAAGUUCCUGCAGAGGCGGCCCACGAUGCAGUCGCUGCGGGAAAAGGGCUACAUCAGAGACCAGGUGUUCGGCUGCCCGCUGGAGGAGCUGUGUGAGCGCGAGAGGAGCUCGGUGCCGCGCUUCGUGCAGCAGUGCAUCCGCACCGUCGAGGCCCGGGGACUGGACAUCGACGGACUGUACCGCAUCAGCGGGAACUUGGCCACCAUCCAGAAGCUGCGCUACAGGGUGAACCACGAUGAGCGCCUUGACCUGGACGACGGGCGCUGGGAGGACGUCCACGUUAUCACCGGCGCCCUGAAGCUCUUCUUUCGAGAGCUGCCGGAGCCGCUGUUCCCCUUCUCGCACUUCCGCCAGUUCAUGGCCGCCAUCAAGCUGCAGGACCAGGCCCAGCGCAGCCGCUGUGUGCGUGACCUGGUGCGCUCGCUGCCGGCCCCCAACCACGACACGCUCCGGCUGCUCUUCCAGCACCUGUGCCGGGUGAUCGAGCACGGCGAGGAGAACCGCAUGUCGGUGCAGAGCGUCGCCAUCGUGUUCGGGCCCACGCUGCUGCGGCCCGAGACGGAGGAGGCCAGCAUGCCCAUGACCAUGGUGUUCCAGAACCAGGUGGUGGAGCUCAUCCUGCAGCAGUGCGCUGACAUCUUCCACCCUCACUGACCACCGCCCGCCUCGGCCGGCGCUGCGGACUUGGGACGGGGCCGACCCCUGGAACUGGGCAGCCGAGGCCACCCUGGACUCUGGUCUCUGAGG